AGAAAAUCCCAGGCUGCCAUUGGAGAGCCCGUCGGCAGGACGCAGACGCAGGAGAUAUCGCAGGAGGGCUCCGACGAACGCGCAGUGCCCAUCACUUCAGCUGAUGUAACCAGACAGCUUAUGUUGGAGUCAGUUUAUUUUACAAUAGCAACUUUGUCAUAAAAAGAGGAAAGAAGGCUAAAAAAAGAAAAGAAAAUGGGACAUACCGCAAUACCUAUAUUGAUGGCUGUAUUGUCCUGCUGCGUGUGGGAAAACGUCGAGGCUCUGGCCAUGACUGAGGUGAACGGUCCAGGCCCCCAGGUGGCGGAGCCGCAGAUUGCCAUGUUCUGCGGCCGUCAGCUCCUGCGCAUGAACACACAGACUGGCCAGUGGGAGCCGGAUCCUCAGGGCCGCCAGGGCUGCUUCAAAGAGCCAAGUGAAAUCCUGUCCUACUGUCAGGAGAUGUACCCAGCACUUCCGAUCUCUCAUAUAGAGGAGUCAAAAAGACCUGUCACCAUCCCCAACUGGUGUAAGAAAGGCUGGGGCCGCUGCCAGACACACCCUUUCAUAGUCCUGCCCUACCGCUGUCUAGAGGGUGAGUAUGUGAGCGAGGCCCUGCUGGUGCCCGACCGAUGCCGCUUCCUCCACCAGGAGCAGAUGGAUGCUUGUGAGAGUUACGUGUACUGGCACAACAUCGCUAAGGAGGAAUGCACUGAAGACAAUCUGGAGCUCCACAGCUACGGGAUGCUGUUGCCAUGUGGAGACAAUUUCCGGGGGGUCGAGUACGUGUGCUGCCCAGGCCGAGGGAGCUCCAGUGGUAAAGGAGAGACGGAGGAAAGAGACGUCCCUGCUGGUCACACACUCACACCGCAGACCAGUGGAAAACUAAAUUCUGUCACCAAAGUGACAGCCCCGACCCCAAGCCCCUCUCCUGACACGGAUGUGGACGAGGCCGAUAUGGAAGAGGAGGAUGAUGAGGUAGUGGAGGAAGAAGAGGAGGAAGAGGAGGAGGAGGAAGUUGAUGAGGAGGAGGCGGAAGAAGAGGAGGAAGAGGAGGCAAUAGCUGUAAAAGAUCCAGAGGAGUAUGAAUACCCCAUCGACUCAGGUCCCUACCAGACAUCAGACUAUCUGGACUCCUACUACUAUGAGAAAAGCCACAAACCUACCACCUCUGCACCUCUGAUGAAGAGAGACAGCUUGACAACACCUCGGCCCACAGAUGGCGUUGAUGUUUAUUUUGAGAAGCCAGUAGAUGACACUGAGCAUGCCAACUUCCUGCGAGCCAAAACCGACCUGGAGGAGCGCAGAAUGAAGCGCAUCAAUGAGAUCAUGAAGGAAUGGGCAGAGGCAGACAACCAGUCAAAGAACCUGCCAAAGUCAGAGCGACAGGCCCUGAAUGAGCACUUUCAGUCUGUGCUGCAAACACUGGAGGAACAGGUCGCUGGAGAAAGGCAGAGGCUGGUGGAGACUCAUCUUGCCAGAGUGGAGGCCAUACUGAACAACAACCGACGCCUGGCCCUGGAGAACUACCUGACUGCAGUACAGUCUGACCCCCCUCAGCCAGAGCGUGUGCUGCAGGCUCUGAAGCGAUACAUGGCCGCAGAACAAAAGGACCGCAGACACACACUCAGACAUUACCAGCAUAUUGUUGCUGUCGAUCCCCAGAAGGCCGAGCAGAUGAAAUUCCAGGUGUACACACAUCUCCAUGUUAUUGAGGAGAGGAUGAACCAGAGUCUUGCACUGCUGUACAAGGAUCCCUCCUUGGCUGAGGAGCUGCACAAUGAUAUCCAGGAGCUGGUCAAGGCAGAAAGAGGAGACAUCAGUGAGCUCAUGACCACCUCCUUCUCUGAGACCCGCACUACUGAGGAGCUUCUGCCAGCGGAGAGCGAGGAGGAAAAGGAUGAUGAAGAGGAAGAGGAGAGAGCAUUCCAGAACAGGCCUUAUCCUAUCCGCAUUGAACUGCAGUCUAAUAAGAAAGUGUCUGCAGUCGAAGAAUAUGAUUAUACCACAUCUGAGAGAGGCCCUACUUAUGAAUAUGAGGAAAAGAUCAACACCUCUGUGGAGCUCAAGCAGGUAGUCAACAAGCCUUCUGAGAUUGAGAGAGAUGAACUGCAACCGGAUGCCUUGGAGACAUUUAAUCGUGGCGCCAUGGUGGGAUUGCUGGUGGUGGCCGUGGCAAUUGCCAUGGUGAUGGUAAUCAGCCUGCUGCUGGUGCGCAGGAAGCCAUACGGCACUAUCAGUCAUGGCAUUGUAGAGCAGGUCGACCCCAUGCUGACACCAGAAGAACGACAGCUCAACAAAAUGCAAAACCAUGGCUAUGAAAACCCGACCUACAAAUUCUUUGAACAGAUGAACUGAGGUACUAGGGCUGUCAGCAAGUCAUGCCUGACUAUUUGUUUUGUCCCCCAACCCCCCACUCUUCCUUACAGUGGUCUCCCAGCUACACUCCCUUUGACGGAUUUAUAAUGUGUUGCAAACAUAAAGUAACUGCAUAAGUACAGGGUACGUCCCAAACCCAUUGUAAAUUACCAACAACAACCUAUCAUCAUUACCAGAAUGUGAAUAAUGAGAUAUGAUAUGAUCACUUAUUGUAAUCUAAUACUCCUCUGGGUUAGAGUCUGAGAAUUGCUCUUUCCAUUAGCAGUGCCACAGCUUUUCAUAAUCCUGAAAACAUUCACCUCAUAGACAGGAAAACCAUCCCAGUGGCAUGACUUGACCUAUUGCCCCUCACUAGAAACUGAAGUUGAACGGUGCAUAAUGGUUUAUAGUAUUUAUUUUUCAGUAGUAGUUUCUUUAUUGAAAUUGUACCACAGUUAGAUAUAAUGUAUCUGUGUAGAUGAGUGUGAGUGUGAGCCUAGUUAAAUUAUGGUAUCAUUCUCAAUUUAAAACCCACUCAGUGAUAAAAGAGCAAUUACCAAGCUAAUUGUCAAAGUCACCUUACCUCCUUUAGCUACUGUAACAUUGGACAAUACCUCUAAUAUUAAGACAUGAACAUUAUUCAGUGAGGAUGUGGAGGAGUUUACUUUGAAUGUGUGAGACCUUUUAAGCUUUAAUUUAAAACAUAGAAGGCCAAAAAGACCACACUAGUCGAUACAGAACUACUGUAUGUGCUGGUGGUACAAAAAAACAUCACGUUUUUUACUUUUGAGGAUAAAUUAUUUGGCAAAAUAAACCAAAUAUUGCAUUUAGCUAAUUUAGUCAAUGAAUGAGUUUAUUUUAUUUGUACUGCUACCUAAAGAACUGUAAAACAGAAUAAUCAGAAAGCCGUUAUUUUAAAGGAAGCAUGACAACUUGCUGUAUGAUGCAACUGAAUUUAUUUGUGUUGUUCUUGUCAUUGCUUUUGAAAAGUCGGAAAUGUCACCGUUCAAAAUGGACACUGUAAAUAACGUAAGAAAUACAUACUACUAGAUGUAGACAUUUCUAUGAUUAAUUUGCAUUGAUGUAAUGGAAUAAAACAUAAAAAUAGUACAUUGUGCUGUUACGAGAGGGAGAAACAUUUUCCUAACAUGGCUGAUUGAAAACGGACUGUUGUAAAAACCAGCACAAGACAACGACACAGUAACUUUUUUCUGAAUGUAUUUAAGGUAGACGUUGAGAUUCCAUGUUCUUUUCAGUAACGCAUCAUUCCCCUAGUAGACUGAGUAGUGCAGCUCAACACAUCCGACAGACAGACUACAUGCCUGAUGCCCCUAUCAUCACUUCCUGUAGCAGCCUGUUCAUUUUCACAUUUGGCAGGUUUCUAUCAGAUCAGAGGAACUUAAAGCUUAGGCGCAUUUUACUGUACAGAGGUAUGCACAGAGGCCACAGCUAUAGUAAUGUGAAGUAUCAGUGUGUGUAGUAAGUCCUAAAAACAGUCCACACUCGGGCAUGAUAGUAGUAAAACAUGCUGUACGUCUUUAAAUCUGCCAGUUUGACAAAUUUGGACUCAACAUUGAAUGUUAGUACUCUAUAGAUGCUGAUAUUUAGGUUACUCAUAAAUAGCUUUUCACUGAAUGACUCAUUGUAGUUUGUCAUAUUUAUGAUCAACAUAGUACCCUGUAUAGGUUAAGGGAAAAAGGGAUAGCCCCCUUUUUUCUGGCUGAUUGUUAACUGCUUAGUGUGUCAGAUUGAUUUCCAUUAGCCACUUAAUUCUAUCAGACCGUCUUGGUUAAGGGGGGUCACAUUGUGGGGUGUUGUUUUUUUUUCCAUCAGUCUUUACCUAUAUGCUAAAGUAUAGAUAAUCCAUACCAAAAUGAGUUCAUAUCUUAUUUAUUUCUUACUGGUGGAAGUUUUCUUUAAACACCUGCAUUUGUCCAUUCAGAGGAGAAGUUGGUUACCUUCAUCUUUUUUGUUUUGAUUUGUUUUCUGUAAAGUUUGCUUUGAAAUAAGCAAAAGAGUUUGAUUAUUGGAGUUACGGUUUAGCAUUAAUCUUAAGUUUUUUCUCUCGUUAGGCAGGUUAAUUGCAGGUUGUGGUUGUGUUAUGACAGGCGAAGAGAAGUCAUAGCCCUUGUAUAAUUUGUACAGCUAUGUUAGUGAAUGAAAAUGUUGUAUGUUCACAGUUUAAGUCAGUUGAUCUUGUAAUGAUACUACUGAAACCAUAGAUGAGAAUAAGCUUGCCUGUGUUUCCCAAACCACUGAAGGUUUCCUACCAGCAUUUAGCAGACUUAGAAUGGUGUAUACUGUAGUUACUCAAAUCACAUUUGUACGUACGUCCUCUGUCAAAUUCUAGACUUCUUUGUUGGUCUGUCCCCUUACUUCCCAACAAAAUAUAAACAAUGUUAUUGAGAUUUUAAUUGCUGCAUUAUUGCCUUUUACAAUGCUGUGUUUUGGAUGUAAUUAUUCUGUAUUUUUUAUUUAUAUGUAAUAAUCAGUUGGAUCAAGGGUCAUGCUUUUCACCUGUAAUGUAAUUUAAGAGGCUUGUAUGAGAAAACACUGACAAGUUUGUAAUGUUCAGAAAUGUGAAAUAGAGACCUGGCCUCUGCCUAAUUGACAAGGAGGGCCACUAAGCACAAGUAGAACCAAAUAACUCAAUUUGUGUACAGGUUGCUAAAUGUUAGACAUUUAUUCUGUCUGAUUUCAAUUAAACUGCAUUGAUUCUAGGGAUGUUGAUAGCAUCGUCGAGAGCUGUUCUUCAUUUUCAUUCAGACCUUUAACCAAAGACAUGCUCCACAAAUAAGCAGGCAGAUAUUCCAAUUUGGCAAAGUGUUCUCUGUUGUGUAACUGUAUUUGCAAGCAAUCUGAGAAAUUAAAACUGGUCAAGCUAAAUAAUAGUGUAAUAAAAAUGAAUGACCCAUAAAGAA